AUGUCCAAGCUGGCGGAUAUCUAUUACUCCCCUAGGGGCUACUGGAAGGGACUGGCGGCGAUCCCCAAGCUAGCCGCUGCUGCCAAAGUGUCAGAAGAUACGGCUCGUGCAUGGCUAAAGAAGCAAGCUAUCUGGCAGAUAUACCUCCCCCGCCCGAAGCAAAUACCGAGACCUCUGUUCGGCGUCGAAACACCGAAUGAAGUUCAUCAGGCCGAUCUUCUGUUUCUGCCGCACGACCAACCGGGGAGAGGUCGUAAGCUGUACAAGUACGCGCUGACAGUGGUUGACGUCGCUUCGCGCUACAAGGAGGCUGAAGCUCUCGCUACGAAAGAUUCAAAAGAGGUUGCGGAUGCUUUGGCCCGUAUUUACAAGCGCGGCCCUCUUACAUGGCCAAAGCUGUUUCAAGUCGACCCGGAGCGUGAAUUCAUGGGCGCUGUAAGCCUGUUGCUGGCCAAACACGGUGUAUCGGUUAGACGUGGGCGGGUGGAUGUGCACAGGGAUCAAGGCAUUGUAGAGCGUUUCAACCGCACUCUGGCUGAGCGGCUCUUUGGGCAUCAGUAUGCUCAGGAGCUGCGCCUUCCUCCCGGACACCAGUCCACUGAAUGGGUCGCUCGGCUGCCCUCUGUUGUCGCAGCUCUCAAUAAUGAAGUAACCCGCCUCACCGACAAGAAGCCUAAGGAUGCAAUCAAGGUAAAGGUUGUAACACAAAAGCCCUCUUUGGUGGUUCCAGGUCGCCCCACAGGACUAGAUGAGCGCAAAAUCCCGUCAGGUGUGGGCGUUCGCUACCUCUACCAGCCAGGCGAACUGGAAGGCGGCCGUCGUCGCGCGACAGACCCUGUAUGGUCACUUGAGGUGUACCGGCUGGGGCGCUCUGUCACAAAGCCCAAUGAGCCCGUGCUGUAUUAUCUAGACGAUACGUCGGAUGGUCCGCAACGGGGCUUCGUCCGUGUAGAAUUGCUUAUAGUACCUCCUGAUACUGAGCUUCCCCCUGAUGGGGUCCUACAACGGCGUUAA